AUGCAGGAGAACUAUGAGACGGUGACCUCGCUGGGAUUCCCCAUUCCCAAACCUGACCUGAUCGCCCGACUGGAACGAGGGGAAGAGCCGUGGGUCCCGGCUCUCCAGGACUCCAAGGAAAGGGAGAGCCCGAGAGGCACCAGCACAGGUGAUAGGACAGUGAGUGAGAACAAGGAGGAGAAUCAGCAGGAGGAAGGUCCUGAGAAAGUGGAACUGCAGGAGACAUUUUUGAGAAGAGCUGAAGGGAAUUUUUCCCAGGGCUUGGAACACGGAAAUGCCUGGGGAGAUCGACACAGAUCAGAGAUGCAGCUGGGAAACUUUCCCGGGAAGAAACUGGAUGAAUCCGUUCAACGUGGCAGAGGAUGCAAGGAUCCCAAGGAAACCACAGUCCAGCAGACAAGUCACAAUGAAGAGAAACCCUACGAAUGCCUUGACUGUGGAAAAAGAUUCCGUUUUAGUGCAAAACUUAGUACACAUCAGAGAACCCACACAGGAGAGAAGCCCUAUAAAUGCUUGGACUGUGGGAAAAGCUUCAGUAAGAAGCCAAGUCUUAUUAUACACCAGAGACCCAAUACAUGCCUUGACUAUGGAAAAAGUUUUAGCAAAAGUUCAUCCCUUAUUAAAAAUGUGAUAAUCCACACAGGAGAAAGACCCUAUAAAUGCCUUGAGUGUGGGAAAAGUUUCCGUUUGAAAUCAACUCUUAAUAUGCAUCAGAAAACCCACAUGGGAGAGAAACCCCAUAAAUGCUUGGACUGUGGGAAAGCUUUCAGUCAGAACUCAUAUCUUAUUGAACAUAGGAGAAUCCACACAGGAGAGAGACCAUAUAAAUGCCUUGAGUGUGGGAAAAAUUUCAUUUGUCGUUCACACCUUGCUAAACAUAGGAGAAUCCACACGGGUGCCAAACCCUAUAAAUGCCUCGACUGUGGGAAAAGUUUCAUUGACAGUACAAAACUUAUUAGACAUCAGAAAACCCACACAGGAGAGAAACCGCAUAAAUGCUUGGACUGUGGGAAAACUUUCGGUCAGCGCUCACAGCUUACUAAACAUAGGAGAAUCCACACAGGAGAGAGACCGUACAAAUGCUUUGGGUGUGGGAAAAAUUUCAUUAGCCGCUCACACCUUAUUAAGCAUCAGAGAAUCCACACAGGUGCCAAACCCUAUAAAUGCCUCGACUGUGGGAAAAGUUUUGUUGACAGAACAAAACUUACUAGACAUCAGGCAAUCCACACAGGAGAGAGACCUCAUAAAUGCUUGGACUGUGGGAAAAGCUUCAGUAAGAAGUCAAACUUUAUUAGGCACCGGAGACUGCACACAGGAGAAAAACCCUAUAAAUGCCUUGAGUGUGGGAAAAGUUUUAGUCAAACUUCAAACCUUAUUGCACAUCAGAGGACCCACACAGGAGAGAGACCCUAUAAAUGCCUUGAGUGUGGGAAAAGUUUCAGUUUGAAAUCAACUCUUAAUACACAUCAGAAAACCCACACAGGAGAGAAAACCCAUAAAUGCCUUGACUGUGGGAAAACUUUCAGUCAGAGCUCACAGCUUACUAAACAUGGGAGAAUCCACACAGGAGAGAGACCGUAUAAAUGCCUUGACUGUGGGAAAGAUUUCAAGGAAAGUUCAUCCCUUACUAAACAUAGGAGAAUCCACACAGGAGAAACACCCUACAAAUGCCCUGAGUGUGGGAAAAGUUUUAGUCAGAGCUCACACCUUAUUGCACAUCAGAGAAUCCACACGGGAUUACGACCCCAUAAAUGCCCUGAGUGUGGGAAAAGUUUCAUUUGCCGUUCAAACCUUAUUAAGCAUCAGAGGAUCCACACUGGUGACAAAUCCUAUAAAUGCCUCGAUUGUGGGAAAAGUUUCCUUGACAGAACAAAACUUAUUACACAUCAGGCAACCCAUACCGGAGAAAGACCCCAUAAAUGCUUGGACUGUGGGAAAAACUUCCUUCAGAAGUCACAACUUAUUAGACACCAGAGAGUGCAUACAGGAGAGAGACCCUUUAAAUGCUUUGACUGUGGGAAAACUUUCAGGCAGCACUCACACCUUAUUACUCAUCAGAGAAUCCACACAGGCGACAAACCCUAUAAAUGCCUUGACUGUGGGAAAAGUUUUGUUUACAGAACAAAACUUACUAAUCAUCAGAAAACCCACACGGGAGAGAAACCCCAUAAAUGCUUGGACUGUGGGAAAACUUUCAGUCAGCGCUCAUACCUUACUCGACAUGGGAGAAUCCACAUGAGGGAGAAACCUUAUAAAUGCCUUGAGUGUGGGAAAAGCUUCAGUAAGAGCUCGGAGCUCACCAAACAUCAGAAAAUCCACAAAGGAGAGUGA